CCCGGGCCUGUCGUUCGUCGCCGCCGCCGUCGACACUCUCAUACUCGUUCGCGUGUGUGUUAUUUUUUCCCUUGGUUUGUUUGCUACUGCCUACAAACUGUGCCGCUGAGAGAAAAAGAGAGGGAGAGAGAGAGAGAGAGAGAGAGAAAGAGAGAGAAAGAGAGAGAGAGAGAGAGAGAGAGAGAGAGAGAAAGAAAGAGAGAUAUCAUCGUGACCGUCAAAGUGUGUGUCGCCUCGUCAUCCAAGAGAGCUGUCUGCUUUUCCUUUAUUCUCGUUUGGUUCCGUUUCGAAUAAUUUUGUGUGCCGUUUUACAACCAGUGUGAUAUAUCCUAUUUGAGUGCGCGAUUAUAAAGUGCGUCUGAGAGCGGGAGAGCGAGAGAUCGAUCGCGCCGCAUAUCUGCAUCAAGCUACGACAACGAUCCAGAGGAGGAGAACAACUGCGAGUAGGAGGCCUUGUGAUCAACAAGACACUUGUUGCUCUUGGCAAGCGGAAAGAAGGCCGCACUAUGGCUCCUGGGACCCAUCUGCGUAUCGAGUAGCCCGGUAAAAAGAGAGUCGAGCAGGACGAUCGAAGUCUGGAAUCACGAGGCAUAGUCAACGAGAAAGAAAAAUGCCAGUGUCGUCGGGUGAUCCCGAGUCGCGAGGCUAAAGUCAUGCGGGACGAGUCUCGAGUCGCGAGCUCGAGGCGACGGAGGAGAGUCCUCUUCUUCUAUCGCCAGAACUGCUGCUGGUAAAUAGAGUUCGGCGCGAAGAGAAACGCAGCUGCAAGGAGCACAGCUAAGAGGCAAAGCCAGAGAAGACGAGUGCGAUUCCGAAGCGAAAACUAGAAGAGACAUGAGAGACGCGGGACUACGGUGACGUCGGCACGCCCCCGGGAGCUGCGCCACGUCGGACAACGAGACGACGACGCUGCCGCUGAUGCUCUAGGCGGCACCAUUUGCAUCGCUAGAGGGGGCGCAGAGGAAGCAGGUAAGACUGGAUCACCUGCGUGGAAUGUCGUCCGGCGCCAAGCGGCUGGUGCAGUCGCUUCGUGGCCGUAGCGGCGGUGGCGGUGGCGGCGGGUCGAGUCGCAGCGGCUCCACGAGAUCCGAGUCGCACGACGGCGGCGCUGGUGGGGCUGCUGCGAGCACGAGUGCGACGCGUCUGUUUCAUUACGACAGCGGCCACGAGCUCGACGAAAUCUCGGUUAUCGCUCGUGGCGCCGACGACAUCACCACGCCCACCACGCCCUACCAUCACUACGGACCGGCCCAAGUGUCCGUGGCCGUGGCUGGCGGCGGGCAGCUCAGGUACGGCAGUGGGCAGACCCUGUACAGCAUCGCCGGCUCGGUGCCACCCGCUCCGGCCGCACCGCUCAGCAGGGUCACGCCAGCUGGCAUCGUGACGCCUGGUGGUACAGUAGUGUCAGGCGGCGAGUUAAGAGAAAGGCAUCGCAUGGGCCGCGGUGGACGCGGCGAGGACGACACCAACAGCGUGGAGAAUAUUUCGUCGAGAGGUGGCGUGUUACCCUCGAGACAAAGCCUUCUCGAUCUAGUCAGCGGCAAGCUCAUGGGACGACAUACACCUACCUAUCAUUACUAUCAUCAUCAGCAGCAACAGCGAUACUUCAGCUCGUCGAGGGACUCGCUGCAAGGCUCGUACGUGAAUCGAGGCUCGAGCGAGCUUGACUUAAGCCACAAGAACCGUCGUAAGGAUCACUUCAGGGGCAAGUUCAAAUUGCCCAAUGCCGUGCUGUCAUCGAGCUCCAACACCACGGCUCGCGAUGCUACGCCGUCGCAUCUGCACACCCCAGCGUCCAUCAACCAUCUGACUGGCACUAGCACUUGCAACGGCACCGAGACAGAGCUCCAAUACCGGCGAUUUUCCUCUAUGAAACUUUUGCGUUACACGGCGGCGCAGCAGCAAGCGCAACGAGGCAGUCGCGGUUAUCCUGGUCAGUCGGGUCAAGUGGGUUACAAGACCGGUGCGCCCAACUGGUCGUUCGUCUUCGAUCCGGCUGGCCGACUAUGUUACUACUGGUCGAUGGUUGUCUCGUUAGCCUUUCUCUACAAUUUUUGGGUAAUCAUCUACAGGUUCGCUUUUCAGGAGAUCAACGGUGAGACGCUGAUGGUAUGGUUUUGCCUGGACUACUUGUCGGACUUCUUGUAUCUGAUAGAUAUAGUGUUCCACUUUCGUACGGGUUACCUUGAGGACGGCGUGCUGCAAACCGACGCGACGAAGCUGCGCACCCACUACAUGAACAGCACCACCUUUUACAUAGACUGCCUGUGCCUGCUGCCCCUUGACUGUUUAUAUUUAUCUAUAGGAUUUAACAGUAUUCUGCGGAGUUUUAGACUCGUUAAAAUUUACCGAUUUUGGGCGUUCAUGGACCGAACGGAGCGACACACGAACUAUCCGAAUUUAUUCCGCUCGACGUCCCUGAUACAUUACUUACUGGUGAUCUUUCACUGGAACGGGUGCCUCUAUCACAUUAUUUAUAAGAACAACGGUUUCGGGAGCAAGAACUGGGUGUUCAGCGACUCCGAGACGGCCGACGUGGUCAAGCAGUACCUGCAGAGUUACUACUGGUGUACACUCGCCCUCACGACUAUCGGCGAUUUGCCAAGGCCGAGAAGUAAAGGCGAGUACCUGUUCGUGAUAGGACAGCUGCUAUUCGGUUUACUACUGUUCGCGACGGUGCUGGGUCACGUGGCCAAUAUCGUCACUUCCGUCAGCGCGUCCCGCAAGGAGUUCCAAGCCAAACUCGACGGCGUGAAGACUUACAUGCGCAUGAGAAGGGUUCCGAGUCAUCUGCAGGUCAAGGUUAUCAAGUGGUUCGAUUAUCUCUGGCUCACACAGAAGUGCUCCGACGAGGAGAGAGCCGUGAGCUGCCUGCCAGACAAACUGAAAGCGGAGAUAGCCAUCAACGUUCACCUGGAUACACUGAAGAGGGUCGAGAUUUUCCAGAACACGGAGGCCGGCUUUCUCUGCGAGCUCGUGCUAAGGCUACGUCCGGUCCUCUUCUCACCUGGGGACUAUAUUUGCCGGAAAGGCGAAGUCGGCAAGGAGAUGUACAUAGUGAAUCGCGGUCGACUGCAGGUGGUAGCUGACAACGGAAAAACGGUGCUCGCCACACUGAAAGCCGGCUCGUACUUUGGCGAGAUCAGCAUUCUCAAUAUGGGCACUGCAGGUAAAGAGUGCGGUAACCGGCGAACAGCGAGCGUCAGGUCUGUCGGCUACUCAGAUCUCUUCGUGCUCAGCAAAAAGGACAUGUGGGACGUACUGAAGGAGUAUCCAGCUGCCAGGGUGCGCCUCGAGGCGAUCGCCGUCAAGAGGCUCGAGAAAUACAAGCGAGCGCCACUCGAGAAGGCGGCGAUGGGGAGAUGCCAGAGCACGCCAGGUCUGGUGGAGUCGCGCGGUCGAAUCCCACUGGAGGAGAUGCUGGUGUCGACGUUGGACAAGCGCGGCACGCAAUCGAUCGGCGGCCGAUCCUUAUUCUCGCCGAGCCCGUCGCCGCGCACUGCCGCCAUCACGACCACGAGCGCGGACGGCCAAUAUCAGCAGCACCAGCUGCAGCACCAGCAGCAACAGCAACAGCAGCAGCAGCAGCAGCAGCAGCAGCAGCAGCAGCGGCGGCAGCAGCAGAGCAGUCCGGUUAGCGCGGCGAGCAGCGUGCACAGCAGCGAGGAUGCGAGAAUCGGUGGCGCACAGUCGGCACCCGCUACCGUCAGGCACUCCACGCACUCCGGAAUGACGUGCAACAGUCUGACCCAUCUGAUGGGCGAGGGCACGACACCACUAAUGGGUACUGAGCCAGUGCUGGAGGAGAUCAGAUGGCUGCGCGAGAGAUUGACGUCGCUCGAGUCGGAGAAUCUGUCGCUGAAUCAGAAAUUGCGGCAGAACCAGACGGAAUACGAGAGGCGCUUGGCCGAGAUCGAGAUGCAAAUCGCUCGGCCGAGCUCGGCGUCGAGCACCGAGGACAACGAACGUAACCGCGAGAGCUUCAUUUAACGAGAGACUGGGCCGCGUACGGAGCGCGGCAACUCGAGGCUCGAGCGUCUUCGACGCUAUCUCCAAGCCCAACAGGAGCACAAGGAUCAACAGCUUGGUAAGAGGUUGGAGAUGGCAGCAGCGAGUAGCGACACAAAGUCUAUUGGUAGCUUGAGCCAACGGCUAUUCGAAAGCGACGACGACGAAGACGAAGAGGACGUCGAUCUGUUGAUGUCGUGCGGGGCUGAACAGUCGAGGCCAGGUAGCAAGUCAAAUCUCUUGCUUUGCACCGAGUGCGAUCAAGCUAGUCGCACUUGUGGCGUCAGACCCCGUACACCCAGUGCCUUGGCUGGACGAUACGUCGAGGAACGAUUUCAACAUGGCUGUUACGACGAGCAGCCGGAGAGGAGAGGAAACGAGAUGCAGAAUUUCGCGCCGGAUCGAAAGGCUUUGUCAAAAGUUCGCGGAACAAGAUCGUCGAGGGACGCUCGAGCGCGAGUCCUCGGAGGAUUCUCAAGUGUACGCGGGGUGCGAGGCGAAGCGGCAGUGCCGGACGAGAUCGGCACGCUGCCCUCACUGCGCGAGCAGCGAUCUGUCGGACGAUCCGACAGCUGCGCCAGCGCCGCCGGUGGCUCCGCCCGACCUGAUAUGCUUCAGCUGUCAGUGCAGCAGCGCAGGCAGCGCCAACGGCGCCGCCUACAGCUGCUGCUGCGAGCAGCCAGCGAGUGCGCCGACGACCUCGACAGACGAGGAGAGCGCGACGCCCCGGACGACCAGCAAGAUACGCAUCCGGCUGAACAGUCGGUCCAUCGACCAGGAGGACUCCACGGACGAGAGCACGCCGCCCGGGAGGCUCGCGACGAUCGCCGAGGCCAAGGGGGACGCUACUACCACGACCAGUGAGAACGACGACGAUCCGCCCAAAAUACUCAACGGCUCCAGUGCCACCUCCAAAUUCCUCAAUUACAUGAUCGUACUCGUUGUGUAAAUAAUCGACUCGCUUACACGGCGUCCUGUACAUAAUUUCGCGGAGGCGAACGCGCGCUCGUUCGUCGCUGCCCACUUCGAGUGUAAAUAACGCAAACUGCCAGACGUCACGGACGUUCGGAUCGUCUUCGGACGGACGAACGGACAGCGGGUCCCGCGUGUCGUAUAACGUGCGCUGCCAUUUUCAAAACGAUAGCCGACGAACGAACUUUCUAUUUCGGGACCAACGGGCUGCUGAUAAGUCGUCAACGAGCGACGCUAACCGACUAACACGCGUACUCUUCGCUUGACAACCACGCUUCGAUACCGAUCAACGAUCGCCGCUACCGCAGACUACCCAAUUUCUUUUUUCUUUUUUUCUUUUUUACAUUAGGAAAUUACAUUAGAAAACACUUUUCCUUUCCUUCGUACGACCACUGUUUGCGCGUGUACAAUGCUCGAUCGCAAUUGACGCUUCAACGUCGCGUCUUUUCAUCCCGAUCGCUCGUGCAUUUCCGCUCCAAUGUAAAUUAUCGCCAGUCUCUCCUUCUACUUUAUGCCGUUCAAACUUUGCGCGAUAUCGCGACUCGUUUUCCGAAACCUCUCGAAUGCGAGGCGCGACCUUUCGAAAACAUCGUGAACUGACCGCGAUUUACAUCGAAAAAGACGACAUGGUAAAUCAAUUUGCCACUUCUUUUUUCUAAAUAUCGAGAACAACACGAACGCUAUGUAUAUAACGACGAUGUACACGAUUGAAUGUCUUUUUCAAAAUUUGUAAAAGUUUUAAUAACGAACAAUGAAGGUCGACGUAAUAUUAGACAAGUAAAUAGACACGCCAAGCAUCUUAAUAUCGAUAAGUAGAGCAAAAAAAGAAAAAAAAAGAAAACAAAAAAAAGAAAUUUUGACCGAUAAGCCAAAGGUGCCGAACAAGUAUGGAAUUCGACUGCCACCUUAAUUUAGUAUGCAACAGCGGAGCGGCAAAGUUCCGUAGCUAGAAUUUAUACCAUAUAGCUAGAACAGAAAGACAAUUAAAUUAAGAUAGAAUAUUAGUUGGACCGAUCUGUGGUUUUUAGGUAUUAAAGAAAAGCCAAAGAAAAAUAAAUAUACAGUGCGAUAUAUUGACUAUGUAUUUUACACGUUUAGAAUUUCUUAUCAAGUAUAACAAGAGCACGCAAAGCGAAAACAGGCCACAUCGUGGAAUUCCCUGUAGAUAACUGAAAGACAAAGCUAAAAUUCGAAAAGAUAAAAAACCUUAAUAAUAGCGUCGUAAGCGAAUAUAAACGAUAAACAAUAAUUAAAAGGAAAGAUUAUAAAAACCAAUAAUAAAGAAAAACACGGUCAAUCCGUUUGACAGACUGCUUAAUAUAUACUUUUGUAAUUCACAUCUUAGUCGCGCGUGCGUUUCUAUAAAUAAAGAAAAAUAUGAGAAUUAAUAUUAAAGUCACAUAUACAUACAUUCGUCAUCUUGAUAAAGCAAUUGACCCUUUAGUCGAAUAGAAUCGAAAAGAAAUGAAACAAUCAGAUGGUCGUGAAAGAAAUAGCGUUUUUCUUUUUGCCGAGAGCUAGAAAGACACUAGAAAGACACUAGAAAGACACUAGAAAGACACUAAAAAGACACUAGGGUGGAGGAAAGGAGAAACGAGGGUGUAAGCGUAAGCAACGUUGAGCGACGAAGGGAGGACGCGUAGAUCCGCGAUUGCGCCUGAUUAAUUGACGCGCGCUCAGUGUAUAUGCCAGUGUCCACUUGACUAUACUUCACGAGGGAGAGUCGAAUGACACGGCGUGCACGCCUAUCGCAAUUAAUUGAUUAAUUGGCGCGCACUGUCGCUCGCCGCGUCGUCGCAAACGGUUCGAAGCGAGCGCUGCCAAUAGUUAUCGCGAUGCGGACGUCUGGAUUCGAUGGGAAGGAGGUUAGCGCGCGAGCGAGACCGAUUCAGUUGCCAAAAAUACAGCUCGCUUUGUCGCGCGCGAGCUGCCGUUAUAAAUAUAGCUCUCUUUGACGUUUAGUUGAGCGUUAAUCGGUUAAUUUUUCUCACGCUCAAGCGAGAAUCGCUCUAAUUACCUUGACAAUUAGCGAAGCGUAGAAUACCGGUCGAUAGACGUCAUUAAAUUAAGCCGAAACUUCUUCAAUUAGCAUGGAAACUGAAAAAGGAUUUGAGCCGAGGCUAAUUGGAAUUUCUCCUCGCAGUUGUUCUCGAGGCGAAUAAAAAUGCGAAAGCUGGCAAAAGUCUAGUUCUUGGAUACGAGGUGCGCUGACAAUUGAGGAAUUCAAUUAUUAACUAAUGUAGCUUCAUCAUUCGUCAUCGUAUUACAAGUUGCAAUCACUUAUCGCUAUUGAUUUUAUUCAAAGAUUUAUUGACGUUACGAAAGUAUUGAUGUAUGUGAGAUUCUUGAAUAUUUAUUGAUUAUGAAAAGACGUGACCGCGAAAGUAAGGCUGUAUAUAGGUAUAUAUGUAACGGUUGCGUCACAUUAUUUCGAGUUAUUUGUUUCACCAGUUGUGGCUGUAGGCAUUGACACGACAGUGCCAAAAAUGUAUUAUGGGUUAUGCUAUUGAUCUUUGCCAAUUGAUAAGAUUGUAAGACCGACCGCGGCCACAUUUAUUUGUUAACGAUGGUUUAAUUUGUCUACCACAAACUUAUAAGGACUAUUUGUUAAAGUUGAACAAGGAGGGUGCUGAAACAUAAGAAAAACGUUAAAUAUCACGGAAUGUAAGAAAACGAGGCAGAGCAGGCUGUUGCACUAUAUAUACAUUUCAUAUCAAGUCAUAAGUAGUGUUGUAAUGUUUUAACUCGUAAAAGCUCUAUGCAUUUCUUAUAUAAUACAGAUUUUAUCAAUUUUAUCGAGUAUGAUACGCAAUAGGUUUUACUCUUGCCAUUAUUCUCUUCUCUAAUCCAAUCUAUUCCUAUAUAUUCUAGAUAAAAGUCGAUGAAUCGAAGAAAACUGAUACGAGAAUCAUUCGAGUGCGUAAGAGGAUAUUCAGCUUGAUAUACGAUCGAUACUCUCUAUACACAUAUAUUUCCUCAGUUUUGUUAUUUAAGAAUAUUUUUUGCAUAAGUUAGCUUUGACCACGAUCGGCAUGAGCAAGUUAAGAAGCAAAUUCUUGCUGGCGUAUGAAUAUUCGACGCGUUGAUAGACAAAUAAAACAAAUAAUAAAACAGGCAUAGGUACAAGAAUAAUAACGAUAUUAAACUGAGAAUAAAGAGGCUACAGGCUCACUCACGAAUAAACUGAAAGGAUAAAGAGAUUUGCGAUAUUAAUUAUAAAAGAUAAAACAAUUAAACGAAACAAUUUUUUGUAAAUACGUACGAUUAUAAAUAGAUAAUUAGGCGUAAGAAAUAGGAGGAAAAGGUGACAUAUAAAUAAUUACAUUUACAUAGGACGUGCACGAUCGAAAGUGCAGUUGAAUGCAUGCGACUGAAAUGACAGAGAGAAUAAAAAUAAGAAACGACGUGUUUCGAUGCGCGAACGAGGAUCAACACUUUAUAUACGAAAAAGACAAACACAUCGUCGUGUGCGUGACCAAUUGUAUUUAUACGCGGAUAAAUUUUCGACCCAAAUUUCAAUCCAAACAGUGAAAAGCAAACAACGAGCCCACGAAUGUGCGUCAAGUGUGCGUGAGCGAAUGUUGUGUAAUCCCAAUCGAAGCGCAUUCAACACUUUCCCCGCAUUAUAAAUAUAUCACACUAAACACCCACACACGAGCACUUCAUUUGCGAAAAAUGAUAGACAUUAUAAUAAUUAUACAUUGUGUACACGCGCCUUUGAGGCUGAAUCAGGAAUACAAGUUUCGAUUCAAAUAUACAGGUGAGAAAUGAGCCAAGCGAGAGAUGAUAUUUUAUUCCUGUAGCCGUAUCACCAAUUUUCGUUUUGUCAUAUAGCCCGACUGUCGUAUGCCUGUAUGACAUCUUUUUGUCAACUUUCCAUAGGUGUUUUCAACAUCCAUAGUCGUUAUUUUUUAAACUUACAAAAGGAUUUCAGCCGUUAUACAUACGUAUAAAUAUAUACAUAAAAUGAAACGAAAGAAAUGAAGAAUUAUGAGGAUGUCCAGUUAACAUACGUUCUCUCUCACUUACAUGUGCGCGACUGUCCUUGUACGAUCGAGUGUUUCGCCAUUAAAGACGAAAUUUUAAAAAACACCUGGCAAAUAUAAAUAGAAACGAUUUCA